AUUGUCUGUCACUGAUGACCUUUGACCUUUAUGUAACACCCGGAAGUAAUUUAGCCGAUCGCUCACCUGAGAAGCUGUGCUCGAGACGUGCCAUUUGUAUUCUGGCUUCAAUUAAAACAGUUUAUACAGCCAUGACGGUACUAAUUUGAGUAAUUAGGCUGGUACAACGUGCUCGGGACACCUACUCGAACAAGGGACUCCAUGUUACGUCCCCUUUCCGGAUGACGACAGCUCCGAUCCGACAAGGAUACGAAUUUCCCCCGACUCGAACCGUGGUCUUCGUGACUUACCACGUACUUGGAACACGGAGCUCAACUAUGAAGGUUCUACAGACUUACGACAAUACCAGUCAUUGCUCUGGAGAUAUUUUUGGAGAGUUGGGAGCAAAAAGUGACCAGAAGGAAAUAUUUUCACAUCCAGGUGUGUACUGAGUCUAUCGCCUGGAUUUCCAAGAAGAUCCGUAGUUCCGUUCAUGAAUAAGAUCUCAUCAUCAAGACUUCUGGUCUAGAGGAAGGAUUAUGUACUACCGAUUCGCAGCCCUCUACUUCAUUACCUACGUCAUAGCACUUCCGCUCUUGUGCUGGGAUAUGCGUUACUCCAUGUACUUCCGGUAUGACGUCAUGACGGACAGGCAGAAGCAUCUGGAUCGAGCUAUAGAGGAAAAUCAGCAAAGAAUAGCAGAGGCUGAAGAGUAUCUGAGGAAACAUGGCCCUCGCCACAGGGUCUUCAGACGACUCAACCUCAUGGUCCUGAAGCGGGUCCAGCCGCAGAUAGUUAUCACCGUGGUAACAAUUGCCAGGCAACCACAGAACGGUGUAAACAAACACAGGUACCUGACGCAGGUGGUGACGCAGUUUGCGGAGCUACUUGAACACGAGGAGGCAGCAGAUGUUGUGUUCCAGGUGUGUAAUGUCAACGUCCCACCGGAAGCUCACCAUGAGGCCGUCUUCCUGUCCAAGUACGUUCCCGUCGUGCAACGGGAAAGUAACGAGGAACAAACAGAAGAAGAGGACCCGUUCGAGAGAGAAAAGCUAGAUUAUAUAUUUUGUCUGGAAAAGAGCGUGGAGCUAAAUCCAGAGUAUGUGUUGAUGGUGGAGGAUGACGCACUUCCGACUCCCGACAUACUCCACGUCCUGCGGCACAAACUGCAGUACCGACUAAAACUGAGAAUUCGCCAGGGGGAGUUUGUGCACCACAGCGAUGACUGGGCAUUUCUGAAGUUGUACGAUAUAGAAAGAUUACAAGGUUACGGGAACGACGCCAGGUCUUUCCUAGAACUAACAGGGGCAGGGUUUUUAGGAGGGACUGCCUUCCUUUUAGUACUGCAGAAAAGAGGACAUAAGACACAAAGAAGACUGUUUAUUUUCGCCCUCGGGUUCGUGUACGUGGUACUGUUGUGUUGGGCAAUUGGUAGACAAUACUUCCUGCAGUUGCGAAGGCUUUCCCCGCAACUAUACACCGUGACGACCGGCCCUUUUUGUUGUACACCUGCAGUAGUCUACCCAGUAAAGAUGGCGGCUGAUAUAGCGGCAUUUCUAAAGACGGGUACUUGUGAGGAGAGGUAUCCUUUGGACUUCGCCCUGUCAGAUUUCGCCAUCGACAAAGGGUUGACGCGGUAUAAGGUGGAGCCAAACCUAGUGCUACAUGUUGGACUGGUGUCCAGUAUCAGAGCAGAUGUAAGGAACCCUUUCGAGUAAUAAUGAUGUCCAUUUGCUGUCCAGAAAUGUAUCGUUUGCUUUUUAUCUCUUGUCAACAAAAAGUGUUUGUAUUUCGGUAAAAUAUCAUUCAGUGUUAGAAUGGGUAAAGACGCCUAUUCCCAUAAUACGACCAAUAGUAUAUAAAGAAGACUGCGCUAAAUUUGAGGUGUGCUAAAACUAGUCGUAAAGCAUGCGAAAUGAAUACUAUGAUAAAAAAACACACAACAUGCCAUAAUGGAUGAAGAUCGGAUGUCACGCAGUGUUAUAUACGUAUUCUGUGUAUCCAUCUCACUUCGUAAAGAUGACUAGUGGAAGCUCCUUGUUAAAGCUAUGUAAUCAUAUCCCCCUGAGUAAAGUGCGGGAUAUCGUGUAAAGUGCCGUCAUAUUUCCCAAUGGCACAAGAUCGAUGACAUGAAAGAAUUACAUAUGUUUCACGUCAGGGGGCCCAUAAAGGUUAGCAGAGUUAGGCCUACGUCACAUUUCCUAUCCGGGGCCCGACCGGGCUGUUGGCGGAAACGAAAGAUUCAUAUAAAUAGAUACGCACAAGACAUUCUGUUGAAUAUUUAUCCGCUUUUGUUGUCGUCCAUAUCGUACUUUUCGUUCCCCAAAUCUUCCCGUCCGGGCCCCUUUGUGACAUUGGCCUUUGCUGUCUUGCCUGUGUUCCUUGUGAUUUUACUUCUAUUAUUAAAUUCCCUGGAUGACGAAUCGGCACAAACAUGUCUGUGUUAUAUAGCCUCUGUAGUCGAUGAAAUAAACACAGAAUAUUAAUACAGCGUUUAUUAAUAAAUUUAUUUUGGCAUAAGAAGUAAGCAUCUAGUGGUACCUCAGAAAAAGGCAAACGUUACCCAAAA